AAAUCCAAGACGGUGCAGACUUUAAAAUGGAAAGAGACGUACAUGUAUGUAUUGCCAUAUUGGGAGUUGCCAAUGAGUGUUAAAGUUUGAUGCUUGAAUAUGGCCGUAUUGAAACAUAUUCUCUGGUUGUAUUUGAUUGUUGACAAAACUUAACGACACUUUCAAGGGUAGAUCCUAAAGCGCUAUUGAACAGCGUUCUAAGAACUCUUUCGUGACUCGAGUAACCAUUUGGUCAAUGUUCCGAACGUUUCGCAUUUUGCCAAGCUUGGCAAAACGUCUUUCAGUACGCUAGCUCAGUCCAUCCCAUUUCAAGGCAGAGCUGGAUAGGUCUUACGAAAAAGUUCAUUUUUGGAACAUACUGCUCCUGAACACCGACGGACUGGUGAGUCAGAGUGCUUCCAGAACAUGAAGAUAACAAACGCACAAGUUAGCGGAACUUCUCGUUGAUUUGCAGGGAAUGGGGAAAUGCCGAUUGCUCGAUUUGACUCCAAGCAAUCUUUCAAUGAAAUCGGCCGCUCGGGAGAGAACAAAAUUACUAAAAUAUGGGAAUGGUCCUCAUUAAAUCAUUGGAGCAUUUCAUAAUCAAUUACGCAUAUGGAUGAAUCUGCUUUCUGUGCAGGCUACGUCAAGAUCCGAACUGAGCAAUAAUCAUUUUGCGGUUGGGGUGAGUGACGCAAAUUCCAUUGCAGCCCAAUUUUGGGCGUGAUUUUACAACGGCAGGCACAAGACGGAACGAUGUUUUCGUAAUAUUGUUUAAUAUCAUUAUACGAUAAUUUUAUCGUAUAUUGGGGUAGGCUCAUCUGGAGCAUGGUGUUUUUGAAAGAAAAAAUCCUCUCCAAAUAGCCAUAAGCAGACUUAUUUUUGAAAUCAACAGUUAUGAGUAAAAUUUUAGCCAAGUACAUUGAAGCUCAAGUUGCGCUUUUUUCUAAAUGAUUGAGUUUACCCUCGAAUUUGGAAUGUUGGUCUAGUCAAAUACACAGUGUUCCCAAAAAGAUUUUGCUCAGCCUAACCAUAUAACCAGCUAAAAACCAAAUAAUUUUGAAAUGCUGGAAAAGCUUUACAUCAAGAUGGUAAAUGUUGUUGGAUAAUGAACAAUACUUACUCUUUCAUAUCAUGUGAUGAAUCAAGUUCUUUCUGCAAAUGAGUUCAAAUUCUUAGACGAAAUGUGAUUCUUUUUGUUUAAUGUCAAAACGAGUUUCCAUUUAUGAAUAUUACUGGUGGGGUAAAAGUCCAAAAACACUAUAUCAAAGCAAUCUUGACGCCAUUUCUUUGAAAUUUUGGACUGGAAUGAAAUUCUCCCACGUGAAUUGUAAUUUGCACCAAUCAAAAGAUAAAGGGUUUAAAUUAAGAAAGGUACAUCAAGUCACAGAGAGAGAGACUACUUCUCGUUCCAUCAAGAUUUAUUUAGCAUUCGCGUAUGUCAAUCCUCUAAUCGCUAAAACAAAGCAAUUAUAUAAGGGUGUAAAAUAUGCAAAAAUAAAAGAAUCUCAAAGAGAAAUUUGUGGGGAAAUUUAAUGGGGCGGAAUACCUCUUGGUGUAAUUGAUUGUUCAAGGAGGUUGCCGUUGAUAGGGAUAUAAGGGUUUCCAAAGUGUUCGGUUUUCCCAAAGCAAAGUAAAAAGUACAUAUUUUCUAAGACCUGAAAAGUCUUAAAGCAAGUUUUUGAGUCUCAUCUGUGACGGAUUUAGGUGUAGUCCUCCAAGAUAAUAGAAAGUUCGUUGACGUGAGCAUAUCCAGUUGAAGGUGGGUAAAACUUUUCAAACAUGUGGUUGGAUCUAUCGCACGUUGAAGUCCAUUGAUACGUAGAAUCACGAUGCGAACUCUGUACAAGCCGAUUGUUCAGCCGCAUCUUGAAUCUGCUUCACCCAUUUGGGCUCCAAUGAGUCCAGCAGGUUUGCAAGAGGCCGAACAAGUCCAAAGAUGUUUCACUAGGAACGUCACAGGAUUGAGAGAGCUCUCGUAUUGGGAGAGGCUAAAAAAGUUGGGACUCUACAGUGUUCAGAGAAGGUACGAAAGGUAUCUGAUGCUGUACGUCUUCAAGAUUAUCCAUGAGCUUUUCCCAACCCAGGAUUUAGGGUCAAUUCUAGUGACUGUAGAGGCUUAACGUGCGUUUUGAGAGCACCUUCAAGCCUUCAAAAAUCCAGUUUAGUUAGAACAAUGAUCUUUUUUUCUCUCAAGCUCCAUCAUUCUUUAAUUUGUUGCCCUCAAGUAUUCAUAGGAAAUAUGUAGGUGUUGAUCCAGUGGCAGGAUUUCAGUCAGACUUGGACAAGUUCUUGACCAAAACUCUUGAUUAACUCUACAUUGAAAGUCUAGCCAAAUCUGCCAACUCUAAUUAUUUGGUAGAUCAGAUAUUAUAUCAAUUGUAUGCUAUGAGAUAUAAAAUAUUAAAUAAGACUUACAACUCUUGUCUUUCAUUUGUAAGUGUUGGGGAUCCCAUUUCCAGUAGCAGUGAGGAAUUCUUAAAAAAUGAGUACUGAGCUUGCCCGGUUACACCAGUUAUUUCCAAAUUCCAAUUUAUUGUCUGAUAUCAAGAUUGGCUCUCCGAGUGUGGAUGUGGUUAGCGCCUAAACGAUUUCUGGAGAAACAUGGGGAGAAGUUUCUUACCAAGGACCUCUCUCAUUCAAGGAGGCAACGCUAAACACUACGCCACAUCUCCUCCCUCUUUUAACCUGCUGGUUCCGUCAAAUGUCUUUGAAUUUUUUAAUGAAAUGUUAGCAUCUUCCUCAAAUUGGGCACAAAGGCAUUGCCAACAAUUCCAAUUUUCUCUUUGUAUUACCCGAACUGCGAGUCACUCUUUUGUUCGGCCGGAGAAAUCGGCCUCUACUUGUACGUUCCAGUGUGAUUUUUCAAGCUAAAAAACACACCUCUGACAAGUGUUGUUUGCUCAUGAUUCAACAUGAGUGAGUCCAGAACCGAACUGAUUCCCCUGUUGUCCGGGGAUCCCAGCCUUCCACCUAAAAAGAAGGAAACCAUUGACAAUUUUGAUCAGGUCUUGGAACACAUUGGAGAUUUUGGAGCUUGGCAAAUCAUUUUAAUUGUUCUGCUUUGGCUUCCUCCAUUGAGUGGAGGAGUGAUUGUACUUUUAUCUAGUUUCACUGCAUUAGAACCUCGGGCCCUUCGCUGUCGGCAGCCUUGCGAUGGCCUUUAUGCCCGAUUUGAAGAUGUCGAUCUGUAUGGGGAAACCAACUCCUACCUUGACUUUUGCCAAACCCCUCGAUUCAAUGGAAGCCUCUCCUGGAACCAAACCACGUGUAUCGGCUCAACGGACUUUGAUUUGGAUGAUUUGAGCUCGUGUCAAUUCAACACAAGUGGACCCCAGAAUGUCAUAUUUCAAGAGUUUGAAUUCAAUCAAACCAUUGUGACGGAGUGGGGCCUGAUUUGCGACGACCAAUACAAGGUGGCGCUCAUCGGGACGGCCUAUAUGGUGGGCCUAUUCCUCGGCUCAUUCCUUAGUAGCACGCCGGCUGACAAAUUCGGGAGGAAGACCAUGAUCCUGGUUCUGAUUGCCAUUGGGGGCGUGGGCGAUUUGAUUGGUGGGUUUGCACCCGAGUAUUGGUCGUAUUUGAUAUUACGAAUAUUGGCCGGGAUUGGUGAAAUGGGGAUGGUCAUGACCACGUUCACUCUUAGUGUGGAACUAGUGGGUGCCAAGCAACAAGCAUUUGUGGGGAAUAUGAACCAACUAAUGUUUGCUGUGGGUGAAAUACUGAUGGGAGUUUUGGCUUAUUUCAUACGGGAUUGGCGCCAACUUCAUUUCGUCACUGCGGCUCUGAUCCUGCCUCAACUUUUACUUUGGUUUGUGAUCCCAGAGUCUCCGAGGUGGCUCUUAGCCGAGGGCAAGACCAAAAAGUUACCCAAGAUUCUGAAUAUCGCCCAAAAGUUGAACCGGAAAUCUUUGCCACCUCAUCUUGUGUUCCAAGAAGAAGAUGAGCAAAACCUUUCCAAGAAAAUCAAUGGAAAGCAUGGUCUCGGUUUCAAGGAUAUGUUCACCAGGCGGAGUUUACUCUGGAGGACUCUGGUCAUGGCCGUUAAUUGGACAGUGGUAUCUAUGGUAUAUUAUGGGAUUGGCAUGAGCAUGACUGUCUUGGGUGGAAAUAUCUUCCUCAAUUUUAUCUUGAGUGCCGUGUUCGAAAUCUUAGGCUACAUUGUGUGCAUCCUGAUUUCGGAUCACUGGGGUCGGAAGCCAGUCAUCAUUGUCAACUUCUUGGCUUGUGGUAUUGCUUGCAUCAUAUCUGCGUUUGUGCCCGAUUCCAAUCCAGCCAAGAUUCCCUUGGUUUUAAUCGGAAAAAUGGGCUCUUCAGGGGCCUUUUCUACCGCGUAUGUGUACACCGCCGAGUUAUUUCCUACCCCUAUCAGAGGAACUGCUGUUGGAUUUUCAUCCAUGAUUGGUCGUAUUGGAUCCACGGUAGCUCCACAAUUGGCCCUGUUUCUGCCGUCCCUGACCUUUAAGGAGCUGCCACUUUUGAUUUUCGGCAUUGCUGGAUUAUUGGGAGGUGCGCUGUCGUUUUGCCUACCAGAAACCUUAGGUCACCCUUUACCGGACACGUUAUUGGAAGCUAGUCAACAAGGACGAAAAGGAUCGAGCAAGACCUUGUUUGCUUGGUGGAGCAAGGCCAAACUGACAGAAGAGGUGGAACUCCAAAGGUCGCGAAACCGAGAGAUGCAAUUAUGAAAUACCAUAGCUAUAAUAUCCUGUUAUACUGUACACUAUACCAGGUUGGAAGUAUGUUACAUAAAAAUUCUGAUCUGAAUGAGGUCCUAUUUUA